AAGAACUGUGGUUGUAUUGUCUAUUUUUUAAAAUAACAUUUUAUUUUUACUUUAAAACCCUUGUUUUACUUUAAUUGACAGUGCCGAAUCUUCCUGAGACGAAGAUAAAAUGGCCGUUGUUGUCGGAAACAACGAAAGAAUUAGUGUGAAACGGAAGAGACCAAAUCCGUUUUUUCAAGAAAGUUUGGAAAAGCUUUAUGAGGAUGCUAAGAACACUAAUAGUAAAUUGGAACCAAUGCUAAAGGAAGCUUUAGAUUCGCUAUCUAAAUACCCUUUACCACUUGAAACGGGUGCGGAAUGUAUAAUUCUUAAAGGUUUUAAUAAAAAAUUGUGCAUGUUCCUGGAUAAAUGCCUAGAAUGUCAUAAUAGCAAUAAAAGCAUAAAACCUAAUCUAAUUUCUGAAUCAGCUGAGGUGUCAGCUAAACAAAUCAAGGUAGACCAAGACUGCAAAGAAAAUAAAACUGUUUGUCCAAAAAGUAAGUCUUCAGACACUGGUGAACAAAAUCAAAGAUUUGAUAGUGAAAAAUUCGAUUCCGAUAAUCUUCCCUCAACUUCAAACACUAGUUCUCAAGAAUCUGUUACCUCUUUGAAGAAAAUCAAAAGUAAAACAUAUAAACCUGCAUAUAGAUCAGGCGGAUAUGCUAUUCUAAUAGCUUUAUUAGAAAACAUGCAGGAGAAUCCAAGUAAAUUAUCCCUUUCAAAGGAAGAACUGAUAGAAAAAGCGCAGAAACAUAGUGAAGAGUCAUUUGUGCGACCUAAGCCAGAAUCAUUUUAUACAGCUUGGUCGAAUAUGAGUAGAUUAAUAUCAAAGGGAAUAGUGAUUAAGAGCAAAACGAAAAAGGUAGAGUAUUCAUUGACUGAAAAUGGAAUCACAUUAGCUACUAAACUUUUGGAGGAAUCAACGGGUAUACGCACACUGAAUGAUGUAAUAUUUCGCAGUAAUUCUGUAUCACCUAAUAAUUUAAACAGAACUAUUUCUGAUACUGAGUUAAAUAGCACACCAAUAAGUGGAUUUCAGUCAAGUUGUGAAGAAAUAACUGCUUUUGCCUUGCCUGCGGGUUCAUUCGAAGUUUUGUUACUUAUAGACAAGAAUGAAACUAGUGGCCCAUCUAAGAAAAAUGAUCCUACUGUGGCACAAUUCAACAAGUAUCCAGACAUGUUGCAUGAGUAUAGGAGUUUGAAAGUUGGUGAUUUUACUUGGAUAGCAAGACACAAAAUUAACAGAGACCAAGAGCUAGUACUGCCAUUCAUAGUGGAAAGAAAAAGAAUGGACGACUUGGGUCAUAGCAUUAAAGAUGGAAGAUUCCACGAACAGAAGUUCAGGUUGAGAAAAUGUGGUUUGAAAAAUGUUAUAUAUAUGGUAGAGAAUUAUGGUAGCAAUAGCCAUUGUGGAUUGCCUAUACAAUCAUUAAUGCAGUCUUUAGCUAAUACAAGAGUUCAAGAUGGAUUUAAAGUACACUUGACAGAUUCUUUAAGUCAUUCAGCAAGAUUUUUAGCUAUGAUGACUAAAAGAAUUACAGUAGAAUACAAGAAUCAAGAUUUAAAAGGCUGUAAUAGCGAACCAACAAAUGGUAAUUUGAUGACAUUUAAUUAUUUCAACAAAACAUCAACAAAAAGUAAACCACUGUCAGUUACAGAAACUUUUAUUAAAUUGCUUCUCCAGAUAAAGGGAGUAUCUGUUGAAAAAGCAUUGGCUAUUACAAAUGUGUAUAAAACUCCUGUAGCUCUCAUGAAAGCUUAUGAAAAUUGUAUCGAUAAGAAGGAGAGCGAAAUGAUGUUAGCUAAUUUAAAGUAUGGUAGCACAAAACGCAAUGUUGGCCCUUGUGUUAGUAAAUCAUUGUAUCAUAUGUUUUCCACUAAAUAAAUUAUGCUUACGAUCAUAAUAAUUUAUGUAUGUUUUCUUUAGGAGAAGUUAAUUAACCGAUUUGUUGCCGAUGGCACAACAGUACCCUUAGCACUAACCCAUAUCGAAUUCGUAACGUGUACUGAUUUUUAGUUCUCGUUACGUACUUUGUGCCGCUGCUGUUCAAGUUUCCAUACGUUGACAUUUCGGUUGAGCCGAUCUCCUCAGGUUCGAGUGGUCUAGAGGCUCCAGACGGAGAGGAGACUCCCCCCCGUGGGAGACGCCAUCCGCCUGGAAUACCUCUAGAGGCAUUCGCCAAUUCUCGGCUUUGAUCUCGCCGUCCCCAAACCCGGUGACGCUGUAAAGG